AAAUAUAAGUCCAAUUUAAUUCCCCACCUCUAUCCAAUCGUAUAAUUCUACCAUAUUCAAGACCCAAAAGAAAUAUCGAAAGAUUGAAAGAUGGCUGUCUACCUAAUAUCCAAGUAAGUGUGAUAUCCCAUCUCAUCUCAUCCCCAAUCACGCUUUGUCUCCAAGCCACACUGUAUAUUGUUAAAUAAAUCGAUGAACCAUUCUAAUCAAACCCCUUCCCCCCCUUUCUUUAAAUCCAGAAUCGCGGACCCCCUGUUCGCAUUGACCAUUGGGGCAUCUGCAGCUCUGCUUCGAAUCCGGCGCGACCAGCAGGAGAGGUUCCCUGAGCGGGCCGGCGAGAUCACGGUGGGAAGUGUUUUGGUUCAGGCGGGUGGGAGGUUGAAGAGGUGGUGGGAUGGAGAUUUUCAGACUCUUUGAUUAGUUUUGUUUUUCUUUUUCUAGUUAUUUCUUUGGUUGUUAAGGGUUGGUUUGAUCUGCUUGUAUCCGUACAUACUUACAUAUAUUUAUAAG